AAAAAAAAAAAAGCGGUGUAGAGAUGGCCAUGUCAUGUAGCUUGGAAAAGAAGAUAAUACAAAUCUAGAAAGUUCGAAUUAACCCUUUUCAUUUCCUCCACCUCUUAAACCCUAAACCCCUAACCUCGUUUUAUAAGACCAGAAGAAAAUUAAGAGAGAGAAAAACCCUCGAAUUCACCCUAAACCCACCAUUUCCACCGUCUUCUUCGUCUUCUGCCUUCAGAUCUACUCCCUCCUUUCUCUCUCCUCUGAAAUCUACCAUGGCUACCGUUCUCCGCCGCUGUCUCCGCCCUCAACAGUUCCGCUCUCUUCCCGCCCUCAAAUCGUUGGCUGGAAAUGCCACUCCAUCAUUGUCUAGUCCAUUUAUGGCGCAAAGAUUGUCGAACUUGGUGAGACCUUUCAGUGCAAGACCUGCUGGGAAUGAUGUGAUUGGUAUUGACUUGGGUACCACAAACUCUUGUGUUUCUGUCAUGGAAGGAAAGAAUGCCAAAGUGAUUGAAAACGCUGAGGGUGCUCGCACUACACCUUCAGUUGUAGCAUUCAACCCUAAAGGUGAGCUGCUUGUGGGUACUCCAGCCAAGCGUCAAGCAGUAACCAACCCUACCAACACAAUCUUUGGGACUAAACGUUUGAUUGGGAGGCAUUUUGAUGAUCCCCAGACACAAAAGGAAAUGAAAAUGGUUCCCUACAAGAUUGUGAGGGCUCCAAAUGGAGAUGCUUGGGUUGAAGCAAACGGCCAACAAUACUCUCCAAGCCAGAUUGGAGCCUUUGUCUUGACCAAGAUGAAAGAAACUGCAGAGGCUUAUCUUGGAAAAUCUGUUUCAAAGGCUGUGGUUACUGUCCCUGCUUAUUUUAAUGAUGCUCAGAGACAAGCAACUAAAGAUGCUGGGAGAAUUGCAGGACUAGAUGUUCAAAGAAUUAUUAAUGAACCUACUGCUGCUGCUCUUUCUUAUGGGAUGACAAAUAAGGAGGGUCUAAUUGCAGUUUUUGAUCUUGGUGGUGGAACCUUUGAUGUCUCUAUUCUUGAGAUAUCAAAUGGUGUUUUUGAGGUUAAAGCUACGAAUGGUGACACAUUUUUGGGAGGAGAGGACUUUGACAACACUUUGUUGGAGUUCUUGGUGGCUGAAUUCAAGAAAACUGAAGGCAUUGAUUUGAGUAAUGACCGUCUUGCCCUACAAAGGCUUCGAGAAGCUGCUGAGAAGGCUAAAAUUGAGCUCUCAUCAACAUCUCAAACAGACAUUAGCCUCCCCUUUAUUAGUGCAGAUUCUUCAGGUGCAAAGCACUUGAACAUCACUCUCACGAGGUCAAAAUUUGAGUCUCUUGUAGGGAAUUUGAUAGAAAGGACCCGCUCCCCUUGUAAAAAUUGUUUGAAGGAUGCUGGUGUCUCCCUUAAUGAAGUCGAUGAGGUUCUUCUUGUGGGUGGUAUGACUCGUGUGCCCAAGGUGCAAGAGAUUGUCCAGGAGAUCUUUGGCAAGUCUCCAAGUAAGGGAGUUAACCCUGAUGAAGCUGUUGCUAUGGGUGCUGCCAUUCAGGGUGGCAUAUUGAGGGGUGAUGUCAAGGAAUUGCUUCUUUUGGAUGUUACUCCCCUCUCUCUUGGUAUUGAAACAUUGGGUGGUGUUUUCACUAGAUUGAUAAACAGAAAUACGACCAUUCCCACGAAGAAGAGCCAGGUAUUCUCAACUGCAGCUGAUAACCAAACUCAGGUGGGAAUUAAGGUACUACAAGGUGAACGUGAGAUGGCCACUGACAACAAGAUGCUCGGCGAGUUUGAACUCCAGGGCAUUCCACCAGCUCCACGAGGCCUUCCUCAAAUUGAGGUGACCUUUGAUAUUGAUGCCAAUGGCAUUGUCACUGUGUCUGCUAAAGACAAGGCUACCAACAAAGAGCAACAGAUUACCAUCAAGUCCUCUGGUGGGCUUUCAGAGGAUGAGAUUGAGAAGAUGGUAAAGGAGGCUGAAGUACAUGCCCAAAAAGAUCAAGAGAGGAAGUCUCUUAUCGAUGCCAGAAAUACAGCAGACACAACCAUCUACAGCAUAGAGAAGAGUUUAGGUGAAUACAGGGAGAAGAUCCCAAGUGAAGUUGCAAAGGAAAUUGAAGAUGCUGUAUCCGACUUGAGAAGUGUCAUGGAGAAGGACAACAUUGAGGAGAUCAAAGCCAAGACUGAUGCUGCUAACAAGGCUGUUUCAAAGAUUGGAGAACAUAUGUCGGGCGGUUCUGGUGGUGCUUCAGGUGGUAGUUCUACAUCAGAACAGACCCCUGAAGCCGAGUAUGAAGAAGCAAAGAAGUAGACAAGUGACGAUUUUGAAAUUUUAUUGCACAUUGUCCAUCUUAAACAUUAGUUCAUAGCUAUAACUAGAUAAAUUUCUCAAAUUUUGUUUUGGCUGUUGGGGUUCUCAUGGUUUCCCAUUUAACAUCCCAAAGAUGCUAUUUAGUGUAUCAAGGCUGUGGAAUUGACAAAAAAAAACCUUGGUAUAUUUGGUGAGAAAAUAAUUUUUGUUUCCUUCUUCCUCGGUUAUUUUGUUUGAAACUCAGCUGUGACUUUCACAUUUGCACUUGUUUCUGAUUCAAAGAUAAAUAAACUUCCUGAAUGCUGAAAUAAAGGGAAUUUAGAAACAAUGCUUAAUUUUUGUGAAAUAUAAGGUGAUAUGGCUAUGUACUCCGUAGCAGUUAAGCUGCA